GAAUACAAAAUUACGUAAAUGUUUAUAAUUAAGAAAAUGUGUUGAUUAAUUUGAAUAGUUGGUGUGCCACAAGGGUUUAUGUCCCAUUUGCCUACUUAUAUGACCCAUGUCAUAAUUUAUUUUGGACAUAUGGACUUUGCAUCUUGUUAAGAAAAGGGAGAAACAUCCAUAACUCAUCAAAGAAAACACAGAUGGGCAACCCAAAAUUGGUGCUUUUGGAGUAACACACACUUCACCACUAUAUAUCUCCCCUACACUUACACUUACACUCACAAAACCCUCUUGAAAUCUAAGUUUUAUUUUGGAGACUAGCACAAUGAGACUUGGUAUCAAACCGGUUCAACCCUUCACACCCAUGGUUAACCCACAAUUAGAGCCAUUGUGUCCAUCGCGUUGUGCCAUUCCCAUGAAGACGGCGCCACGAACUAGUGGUUAUACCCUAGCUCCCACUAAAUUGGAAAGAGUAUUUAAUGAUUCUAAAGAAGGUUGUCAUACAAGGUCAUCGAGUCCGCUCAGUAAGAGAUGGAAGGAGUAUCACGGGUCGAACGAUUGGGAAGGCUUAUUGGAUCCACUUGAUGACGGUUUACGCAAUGAGAUUGUGCGGUAUGGGAGAUUUAUUGAGGCGGCAUACCAAUGUUUCGACUCUGAUCUUUCGUCACCAAGUUACGCCACAUGUCGGUACGCAAGAAACUCAAUGUUGGAACGAGCCGGUGUUUAUGGAAGCGGGUAUCGUGUAACGAAGAAUCUACAUGCCACGUCAUCCAUCCCGAUGCCAGGUUGGACAGGUCAUAUUGGAAUGCGGUCAAGUUGGAUCGGUUAUGUGGCGGUUUGCGAGGAUGAAAAUGAGAUAUCAAGGCUAGGUAGAAGAGACAUAGUCAUUUCAUUACGUGGGACCGCAACUUGUACAGAGUGGCUCGAGAAUCUGAGAGCCACUCUUACAAGUUGCCCAUUCGGCAAUGCCAACGACGUGAAAGGACAAACAGACAACUCGAUGGUGGAAACCGGCGUUUUAAGCCUAUACACCUCGAGCACGUCAGAAAGUGCAAGCUUACAACAAUCAUUACGGCAAGAAAUUCUAAGAUUAGUUCAAAAGUAUAACAACGAGCCAUUAAGUGUCACCAUCACCGGCCAUUCGUUAGGAGCUUCGUUAGCCAUAUUAGCCGCCUACGACCUCAAAACCGCCAUCAAACACGAUUUACAUCUCUCCGUCAUCUCAUUCGGGGGCCCUCGAGUCGGUAACCGGAGUUUCAGACAAAACCUAGAACGUCAAGGAACCAAGAUUCUACGUAUAGUGAAUUCAGAUGAUCUGAUUACAAAAGUACCAGGUUUUUUCGUGGAAGAUCAUAAUGAUGUGGCACAAGAAAAGAAAGGCCAUUGGUUGCAGAAACACGUUAGAGACAACCAAUGGGUGUAUGCUAACAUAGGCCACGAGCUCCGACUCAGCAGCCGAGCCUCGUUGAAGUUGAACAGUAUGAAUGUGGCCACGUGUCAUGAUCUUAAAACAUACCUACAUCUGGUAAAUGGUUUUGUGAGCUCAACUUGCCCAGCAAGUGCAAGAAUGAUGCUUGAAAAAGCUACUACUGUUGCCUCCACACAAUAACUUUCGAAAUUAAACUAAUUUUUUUUUUAAUUUUAAAGAAGUUGGUUAGAUUAUACAUAUUGUUCAUUCUCAUAGUUAGGUUCCAGUUUCAUGUGUAACAGUCAAUUACAUGUUGCCCAAAGACACAUUUUGAUCAGUUUGGCCAUUUUACAUU